UCAUAUGGUUAAUAAAUUUCGUCCAUAUGUUUGGGAUCCAAUAUAUAUUAUGUUACAAAUAAUCAUAUUGCAAUCCAUUUAUUAUGCCAUGCUGGGGAUACUUUUGUCAAUUUUCUUACGAUUUGAGCUUAAAGCACCAUCAAUACAUUAUAUAUUUAUACAUGAAAAUAUAAAUUUUUCUGACACUUUAGGCAAAGUAAUUUCUUGCUUGUUUAUACUAAAUUCCUUAAUAUCAUCCCUGGCUAUUUGGUUUUUAGUUAAAAGAACGAAAUUAUGUUUAGAUUUUUCAACCACUAUUAUAAUUAUCCAUAUAAUAAUUUCAUACUUACUCAAAAAACAAAUUCCUUCAACAUUUGCUUGGUGGCUUAUCAAUGUUACAUGCCUAACCUUAUGCACAGUUGUGGCAGAAUAUCUAUGCAUGAAAACUGAACUGAAACAAAUUCCAACUGAAUAUAGUUGCUUAAACAAUAUAUAAAUGUAUUCUUUUAUAGUGAAUAAAAAGAUUAUUUUGUAAAUAUACCUUUAACAACUAAUCUUAAAUGUUUAAUAAUA